AUGGAUGCCACAAGGUUAAGAAGAGGUUAUUUAGGUGUUUUUAUAGCUUUCUUCCUUGUUUUAUCCAUGCCAGAUAUAUGCCAAGCAAAAUACCGAAUCAUUCCGGAUGCAGCUUCUUCAUAUGGCAACGAGUUGCAUUCCAUGGAUAAUAAUAUAGAUGAAACAACGGGAGAUCAGGUUUCAAUAUUUUGUAGGAAACAGCUUAAACAAAUUAAUUCAGCUAUUCAGAAUUUUAUCUUUGAUUCACCUCAAGUGAAAAACCAUAACAAGGAAUCUGACGUGGCAAUGUUAAGAACGCUUGUACUCAAGGCCAUCACGGGUACAAAUUUUAAGCAAUCUCUUCUAAAUAUCUUUAAAUCAUACAAAUUUUUGUCUGAUAAUCCCAUCAGAGAAAGAUCAAGAGAAGUUCAUGGUAGACCGAGUGGGAGAAUCCUUAAACCAAGGCACCGGCGACGGAGGAGGAGGCGGCGGCGAAGGAGGCGCCACCCUCGUCAACGAUGGUCCGUGCCAUCACCAGCUCCAUCCACUGAGUACCCCAGUGCUCCCAUUCCAAUAUUUGCCCCCAAUGGUGCCCCGUCUCCAACAGACAAGGUCCCUUCUCCAGCCCGAACUCCUUACGGAUCCCCAUCUCCCACCAUGACGCCUGACAAGCCCAUGUCUCCAACUCCGACCUCUUAUGCGGAUCUAUCUCCAACACCGAAUGUUGACCCUGACCCUGACCCUGAUCCCGAACCUGACCCUGAACCUGAACCUGAGCUUUUGCCCGAACCUUCAACAAAACCUUCACCAAAUGUGGAAUCACAGGAAAAGACUAAAGUGGAUCCUGAUUCGCAGACAAAAGACAAAAACAAAGAGCGUAAACUGUUGAUAAUUGCCAUAGCUUCAACUAUAGUGGCAGCUCUGGCUAUUUUCUUCUUGUUUUUGGUUUGCUUCUUUAGAUUUAAAAGGAGAGGAUGCGAUUUAGAUGAUGGACAAAGGAAGAGGAAGCUAUUUUCUACUGGUUCUUUACUAAGAUCCAAGAAAGCUACAAGUGGGAAGGGUGGGAUGCAUAAUGUAUCAACCAAAAGUGCAUCAACAUCAGGAUAUCAAGUAUCUGGAGAUGGAACAUUACCAUUUUCACCGGGAAGAAGAGUUCCCCCAUCAUCAUCAUCAUCACCACCCUUGCCACCGCCGCUGCCCCCGCCACCGCCUCCUCCACCACCACCACCACAAGCGAUACCUGCACAUCCUCCCCCUGAAGCACCCCCACCACCGCCAAAGCCUGAUAACGUGCCUUAUCCACCUAAGACAAAGCCACCUACUCCACCUGGUUUACAUCGCCGACACUCUAGAGAUGAAAAUGAAAAUGAAGAUUCUGACGCCAAUAAAACCAAGUUAAAGCCUUUCUUCUGGGACAAGGUGAAUACUAGUCCUAACCGAUCAAUGGUUUGGCAUGACAUCAAAGCUGGAUCAUUCCAGUUCAAUGAGGAGAUGAUGGAAAAGCUAUUUGGUUAUGGCUCAACUAUUCAAAACAAGAAUGAUAAUGGAAAAAACCCAGCAAAUUUACAAUUUCAACCCAAGUUGAUUCAGAUUAUUGAGCCGAAGAAAGCACAAAAUCUAGCGAUUCUUCUUAAAGCAUUAAAUGUUACAACGGAAGAAGUGUCUGAUGCACUCAUGGAAGGUAUUGAGCUUCCUGUCGAAUUCAUUUCUUCCUUGUUGAAGAUGGCACCCACACCAGAUGAAGAACUAAAACUUCGAUCAUAUAAAGGAGAUGUUGCCCUUCUUGGCACUUCAGAACGAUUUCUCAAAGUCUUGGUUGAUAUUCCAUUUGCAUUCAAACGUCUUGAAGCUUUGUUGUUUAUGGGCUCACUUCAUGAAGAAUACUAUACUGUUAAGGAAUCCUUCUCGAUUUUGGAGGUAGCUUGCACAACCUUAAGAAAUAGUAGACUCUUAAAAAAACUUCUAGAAGCAGUUCUUAAAACCGGCAACCGUAUGAAUGUUGGCACUUAUCGUGGUGGGGCACAAGCAUUCAAACUCGACACACUUUUAAAACUUUCUGAUGUCAAAGGCGCAGAUGGUAAGACCACACUCUUAUCUUUUGUGGUUCAAGAAAUCAUCCGUUUGGAAGGAAAUAAAGCUGCCCGGAAAGCAAGGGCUGACCGAAGUUCUUCAGGAGAUGUUUUAAAAGAACCAAGUAAAGAAGCUAUUGAGAGCUACCGAAAACAAGGCCUGGAGGUUGUUUCCAACCUUUGUGAGGAGCUUGAGGAUGUUAAAAAAGCUGCACUUGUUGAUGGUGAUACAUUAACAUCAACUGUUUUGAAACUAGGACAUAUGCUAAAAAGGACUAAAGAUUUUUUAGACAAUCAGAUGAAAACUGUUGAUGAAGAUAAAGACAAUGAGUUCAAGGCAUUCCUCACGGAGUUUGUGGGUCGUGCAGAAACCGAUAUCAAUUGGUUGUUGGAAGAGGAGAAAAGGGUGAUGUACUUGAUCAAGGAUACCGGUGAUUAUUUCCACGGCAAGUCAAGAAAAGAUGAGGGCUUACACCUGUUUAUAGUUGUUCGUGAUUUUUUGAUACUUUUGGACAAUGUAUGUAAUGAGAUAAAAAGAACAACCGUGAUAAAAGCAAAGAAUAAUUCGACCGAAGAAUCAUCGUGGCGGAGUGGUCUUCGUGAUAAACUCUUUCCAGCUAACAAAGAUAGCCAAUCGGGUUAUCCCAGCUCGGAUGAAGAGAGUGAUUCUCCCUAAGUUUUGAAUAGGAAUAUAAGGAAGAACCAAAUAUGAUUGCGAGAAAGU